AUGGGUGAAUCUCCUCCGGCAUAUUUGGGUGUGUUCCGAGAUAGGUACAGGUAUUUCAUCCUACUCUUGGCUUUGUUUUGCCUCACUUCCGUUGCCUCUAACAUGCUAACUUUCAACUUCAGUGUCCUCUGUAUGAAGCCCAAUACAACGGUAAGAACUGUCGCAUACAAUGACAUAGUUUGGAUUUGUUUUGUAUAAUAAUUUAUCUUCCAGAACGGUGACAGAUUCCCAACCUAUGAAUUUACGACGUUGGAAGAGUCGUAUGUAAUGUACGCAUUGGGGGCUGGAAGUCUCCUCGGCACCUUUCCAUUUACAAUUUUAUUCACCAAGUACGGAGCCAGAUAUAUCUUCGCGGCAGCGGGGCUUUUAUCGGUCUUUGCGACGGUUGCGACGCCAUUUUCGUUGCAUUUGGGAUUCUAUCCAUUCUUGUUUAUGAGAUUUUUGCAGGUAGGUCUUAGCAUUAAAGCAUAAAUUUAUACAUGUGAAUAGCAUUCAUGAUAUGACUAUUUGCUUUGCAGGGAAUCUCAUAUGCCGCUGAUUUUACCUCCAUCGGAUUGCUGAUUUCCAUCUGGGCGUCGCUGAAACAGCAUGCCUUCUAUUUGUCGGUGUUGACAUCGUACUCUCCAUUGGCGACCACUCUAACCGAUGCCUUUUCGGGAUAUGUAUGUUUUGCUUGUUAUCAUCAUACCAUCAUAGUCAUCAUAGUUGUUAUCUUCUAAAGUCAUCAUUCUUUUUUUUGCAGAUCUGCGACUCCUUUCUUGGCUGGCCUUUCAUCUAUUAUUUCCACGGCAUUGCGGGGCUUCUUCUCUUCGUCUACUGGUUCCUCAUGUACACGGAUACCCCCUCUGAAUCCAAAUGGGUCUCAGCCGUAGAAUUGGAGAAGAUUGAGAGAGAUAAAAGCGAAGAAGAGCUCAGCAUUAAAGGCUCAAUACCGUAUUUUAAAAUCUGCACAAACAAAGUGGUGCUGGUAGUUUGGCUGAACGCUCUGACUGAGAUCGCUUCAAGUAUAUUCUUGCUGACAUACACUCCAAUUUAUAUCAACAUGGUGCAUGGUUACAGUCUGCAUGCAACUGGAUUAAUCAGCUCAGUUCCUCCGUCUGUUGCGAUCGUUUUGAGAAUGGUUUUUGGGCUGGUCAGCGACAGAAUUACGUAAGUUUUCCUUACUGUGUCGUGUAUAUGGGACUCUUUUUGCAGUUUUUGGUCAGAGAGGACCAAAAUGAACGUCUUCAACACCUUGUCCACGGUUGGCCCCGCUGCGGCUUAUACGGCCGUUGUUUUGAUCGAAAACAAAUACUUUGACAUUGUAAUGUUGGUCGUGAUCAACAUCCUCUACUCCUGCAGUGGAGGUGGCUUCUACAAAUGCGCCACUUUGUCUUGCCGGUAAGGAGUGAUACCAUCUCCAGAAAUAACUGUUAUUUCAGUCAAUACAGUCACUUUGUCAUCGCCAAUAUCCAAUUCAUCAAAUGCGUCACAUUGUUCCUGGCGCCCGCCAUGUACGGCUUCUUCGUUCGGGACGAAUCUUCCGCCGAGCAAUGGGGCAAUAUGUUUAUUGCAAUUAGCGUGUCGUUGCUAAUUUCUGGGAUGAUAUUUGUGCUGUUCUCGUCAGCUGACCCACUGCCAUUUACGGAAACUUCGACGGGGAGGAAAGAGACCCGACCUCGAAGAUUGACGACUGAUAUGAUUACAGUGGAACGGCUAAAGCUAUGA